CAGAACAGUUAUAACUAUGAAGAGUGCAAAGACCUCCUAAAAUCUAUGCUGAGGGAUGAGCUUCAGUUGAAGGAGGAGAAGCUUGCAGAGCAGCUCGGGCAAGCUGAAGAGCUCAGGCAAUAUAAAGUCCUGGUUCAGUCUCAGGAACGAGAGCUGAGCCAGUUAAGGGAGAAGUUCCAGGAAGGAAGAAAUGCCUCCCGCGCAUUGAAUCAGCAUCUCCAGGCCCUCCUCACUCCGGAUGAGCCGGCCAACUCCCAGGGGCGGGACCUCCGAGAACAGCUGGCCGAAGGCUGUAGGCUGGCACAGCACCUCGUCCGAAAGCUCACCACAGAAAAUGAUGAAGAUGAGGAUGAAGAUGUUAAAGUUGAUGACACUGAGGAGGUGCGGAAGGCAGAAGAAAAGGAAGUCCCUGAGGACUCAGUGGAAGAAUGUGUCAUCACUUGUUCAAAUAGCUAUGGCCCUUCUGAGUCCAAUCAGCCUCACAAGAACUCCAAAGUCACAUUUGAGGAAGACCAAAUGGACUUGACUCUGCUUAUAGACCGUGAAUCGUCUCCUGAUGUACGGCAGGAUGCUCUAAACCUUGUCGCAGUCCCUGGCUCCACCUCUUCUACCACAAACGUCAGCAUGGUGGUAUCUGCGGGCCCUUGGUCCAGUGAGAAGUCAGAGAUGAAUACUCUAGAAAUCAAUGAGAAACUGCGCCCUCAGCAGGCAGAGAACAAACGUCACUUCAUAAACACCAAGGAGAAAUAUCUUGUAACUCAAGUGGCCUACUUUCUGGCCAAGGGGCAGAACAGUUACAACUAUGAAGAGUGCAAAGACCUCCUAAAAUCUAUGCUGUGGGAUGAGCUUCAGUUGAAGGAGGAGAAGCUUGCAGAGCAGCUCGGGCAAGCUGAGGAGCUCAGGCAAUAUAAAGUCCUGGUUCAGUCUCAGGAACGAGAGCUGAGCCAGUUAAGGGAGAAGUUCCAGGAAGGAAGAAAUGCCUCCCGCGCAUUGAAUCAGCAUCUCCAGGCCCUCCUCACUCCGGAUGAGCCGGCCAACUCCCAGGGGCGGGACCUCCGAGAACAGCUGGCCGAAGGCUGUAGGCUGGCACAGCACCUCGUCCGAAAGCUCACCACAGAAAACGGUGAAGAUGAGGAUGAAGAUGUGAACGUUGAGGAAACUGAGAAAGUACAGGAAUCAUGUGCCCCCAGGGAGGUGCAGAAGGCUGAAGAGAAGGAAGAACCUGAGGACUCACUGGAGGAAUAUUCCAUCGCUUGUUCAAAUAGCCACGGUCCUUGUGAGUCCCACCAGCCUCACAGCAACACCAAAAUCACAUUUGAGGAAGACCAAGUCAACUCACGUCUCAUUGACUCAUCCUCUCAUGAUGAAUGGGAGGAUGCUGUAUCCAUUAUCCCAGAAAAUGAAAGUGAUCAUGAAGAAGAGGAAGAAAAAGGGCCAGUGUCUCCCAGGAAUCUGCAGGAGUCUGAAGAGGAGGAAGCUCUCCAGGAAUCCUGGGAUGAAGGUUAUUCGACUCCCUCAAUUCCUCCUGACAUGUCUGCCUCAUACCAGUCUUACAGCAGCACCUUUCACUCAUUAGAGGAACCACAAGUCGACUUGGCUCUUGACGUGGGCAGACAUUGGUGUGAUGAAGUGAAAAAGGAGGACCAAGAGGCCACAGGUCCCAGGCUCAACAGGGAACUGCUGGAUGAGAAAGAGCCUGAAGUCUUGCAGGACUCACUGGAUAGAUUUUAUUCAACUCCUUGCGGGUAUCUUGAACUGCCUGACUUAUGCCAGCCCUACAGAAAUGCCUUCUGUUCGUUGGAAGAAGAGCACUUUGGCUUGGCUCUUGACAUGGACAGAAUUACAAAGGAAGAAGAGGAAGAAGACCAAGGCCCACCAUGCCCCAGGCUCAGCAGAGAGCUGCUGGAGGUAGUAGAGCCUGAAGUCUUGCAGGACUCACUGGAUAGAUAUUACUCGACUCCUUACAGUUAUCUUGAGCUUCCCGAUUCAUGCCAUCCCCAGGGAAGUUCCCUUUACUCAUUGGAGGAACAACACAUUGGCUUUUCUCUUGGCGUAGAUGAAAUUGAAAAGUACCAAGAAGGGGAAGAAGAUCAAAACCCACCAUGCCCCAGGCUCAACGGGGUGCUGAUGGAAGCAGGAGAGCCUGAAGUCUUGCAGGACUCACUGAAUGGAUGUUAUUGGACUCCUUCAAGUUACUUUCAACUACCUGACUCAUUCCAGCACUACACAAGUGGCUUUUACUCACUUGAGGAACAGCACGUCAGCUUGGCCCUUGACGUGGGCAAUGGGUUUUUUACUUUGACGAUGAUAAGGUUCCACCUGGGCUUCCAGAUGGGAGUCCUAUUCCCACACUAAGCAGCCCUUCCUAAGCUGAGAGAUGUCAUUGCCGCAGGCAGGACUUACAGGCACCUGUAGGUUUGAAUGAAACUGUAGUUCCGUUUGGAAUCCCAGACAUAGGAUAGGAAAGUGGGCAGUACUCUAUUCCAUUCUCAGACCAUGCAGUGGCAACCUGUGCUCAGUCUGACGACACUGGACCCAAGUUAGGUGUGACACGUUCACAUAACUGCAGCACAUGCCGGGAGUGAAUGUGAGAUACUCUGAUUUGAACCAGGUAUCUCUGGGUAGCUACAAAGUUCCUCAGGGAUUUCAUUUUACGCGCAUGUCUCUGAGCUUCUAUGCCUGCUCAAGGUCAGUGUCAUCUUUGUGUUUAAGUCAUCCAAAGGUGUUACCCUGGUUUCAAUGAACCUCCCCCAAUUCUUUGUAUCUUCAGUGUUGGUUUGUUUUAGCUGAUCCAUGUGUAACACAGGAGGGAUCCUUGGCUGAGGAUUGUAUUUCAGAACCACUGACUGCUCUUGACAAUUGUUAACCCACUAGGCACCUUUGGUUAGAGAAGCCACAGUCCUUCAGCCUCCAAUUCCUAUCAAUACUUAGGAAGACCACAGCUAGAUGGACAAACAGCGUGGAGAGCCCUUAGCCCGGCUCCUCUCAAUUCCAUCCUGUAAAGAACAGGAGCCAGGAGCCGCUGUCAGGAGACAGCAUGUCACCCGGGACUCUGCCGGUGCAGAAUAUGAACAAUGCCAUGUUCUUGGAGAAAACGCUUAGCCUGAGUUUCAUAGGAGGUAAUCACCGGACAACUGCAGAAUGUAGAACACUGAGCAGGACGACUGGCCUGUCUCCUUCACACAGUCCAUGUCACCACGAAUCUCACAACAAAAAGGAGAAGAGAUAUUUUGGGUUCAAAGAAAGUAAAAAGGGACUGUAGCUACAUUUCUUUAUUUUGAACCCCAAAUAUUUCCUCAUCUUUUUGUUGUUGUCAUUGAUUGUGGUGACAUGGACUCGUUUGUAGAGGACAGGUCAGCUGUCUGGCUCAAUGAUCUACAUUCUGAAGUUGUCUGAAAAUGUCUUCAUGAUUCAAUUCAGCCUAAACGUUUUGCCAGGAACACUGCAGAGUCAAUACUGUGACUUUCCAACCUCAGCCUGUCUAUCUGCGGGCAUAGAAGGUCUAGUUUGUCCAUCACCAUUAUCAUGAUAUCAGGACUGGUUACUUGGUUAAGGAGGGGUCUAGGAGAUCUGUUGCUUUUAGAGACACCUUACUUAUAAUGAAGUAUUUGGGGAAGUGGUUUUUAAAAGUAUAAACGUCAUGUAUUCCAAUCAUCAUCCUCUAAACACUUCAUCGUUUAUUAAUCAUCCCUGCCUGUGUCUAUUAUUAUAUCCAUAUCUCUACACUGGAAAUUUUCUGUCUCAAUUUUUACUCUGCCUCUGUUUUGGCUAGUGUCUGCUGUUGAAAAAAAAACCAUUCUCUGCCUGAGUUUUAAUUUUUGUCCAAAGUUAUUUUACCCUAUACAAUUAAAAACUUUUGCCUAUCGCUCUGGACUGUUGGAUUGCUUUUUACAUUCAGUGUUAGAAUCUUUUAUUAUGCUGAUUGGUUUUGGUGGGUUCUGAUACAAAUUAAUAAAAAAAUUUUCAUUUCC